AGCAACAGUUAUUUUCUAAAUAUAUUUGUGAAGUGUUUAAGAAGAUUACUUACACUGUAAAAUGGCAUCAAGAGCCGAAAAAAUAGUGAACAUGUGUAAGAAACAACAAACAGACGACGAUUUUAAAGAAGAAAGUGGGAAGAUGAUACGUGUACAAAACUGGGUGAAUGACAGAUCUGUGGUUGUGCCAGUUGGAACUGAACCUAUUAACGUAACGAAAAAUGUAAACAACACAUCACCGUUAAAAAACUCUGUGGAAACCGGAACCUAUGUACUAAAUACUACAUUGGAACGUAACAUCGAAGAUCCAUAUGAGUUUACAGAAAGCAGCAGUGAAGUUGAUAGUAAGCAGGUCAUGACUGUUGAGGAGUUAAUGAAAAAAUAUGAUGUGAUAACAGGAACUCGAAUAACAGAUAUCACAGUGGAAGAAGACGUCGAAUAUGUUCAUGACCCUGGAAAAAUCAUGAGUAAAAUUUGUAGCCCUCAAAACAUGACUAUUGAAGAAAAUUCAUGUUCGUCAUUUAAAAGCUCUUCUAUAAAGUCCUUUGCAAUUCCAAUGCAGAACACUUUAAAUUUGUCACAGUGGAAUGACCAGCAGCAGCAGGAAUAUAGAAAGAACACACUCUUUAAUGAUGAAAUAUUUAAUAACAAUAGUACCAACUUUAGUUCUGUGAGUUCUGAGUCCUUUGAUGAUGAUAGGGAUAAGGAUUUUAACAUAGAUGACUGUUCAGAAAAGAGUUCCUCCUAUCUGGAUACUGAUAACGAUGAUAUUGAUGAUAAUCUUAGCAACAUCUGUUGUUCUUUAAAUAAUGAGGCAACUGAAAAUAGUACUGGGAGUAAUAAUAAAGAACAAAUGUCAAACAAUGAGAAGACUAAUGCAAAGAAAAAUAAUGAAAAGGAAUCAUGGUGUCCGUUUUGUGCUAUCGACGUUUCAUCAAAAAACUAUGUAAGACAUAUGGAAAGAUCUCAUAAAGAAGAAAAAGAAAUUAAAAACAUUUUUAGUUUUCCAACCAAAAGUAAGGAAAGGAGGAAGGCUUUCGAAUUAUUUAGAAAGGCCACGAAUUUUUCUUUAUAUAUUAAUGGAAUUGUGAGACCGCUUAGGCAAACAAAUGAAGCGGAAAUGUCAGAUUAUUAUCCGUGCAUUUAUUGCAAAGCGAUGAUAAAAAGAAGUUUUCUGACGCGUCACUCCACAGCUUGCAGUAAAAAAGGGUUAAAUACUAAUAAAAAAAAUCACCGCAGUUAUUUAUCGAACUCACAAACAUUGGCAGUUUGCUCUAUAGAUCCAACCAAUGUUAUUUCCAGAUUGGCCGUGAAAGAACAGGUUUUCAAUAUAAUGAAAGGGGAUGCUAUAUCAUAUGAAGCUAAAAAAGAUCUUCUCAUCGUGCAGUUUGGAGAAAAUUAUUUAAAAAAACAUAAAAGGGAACGAAAAGAAUAUGCUUGCAGUAACAGAAUGCGUGAACUUUCUCGUUUGUUAAUUGCGUACCGAGAAAUUGUCCAUGAUGAUAAAGUUUCGUUUAAAGAUAUUUUGAAAACCCGAAAUGUAGAUAAUAUUAUCACAGCUACACGUAAAAUAUCAGGAUACGAUCAUUUACAAAAAACAUUCAAUGCCCCCAGUCUUGCAAUGCACAUGGGCACCUAUUUAAAAGAUAUUUGCGAUCUACUGCAACAAUUAAUUUUGAAAAGAAGCUCUGGUUUUUCCACUUCCUCAGAAGCAGAAUGUAAUGCAUGGUUAAAAGAUUUAAAACAUUUUAAAAAUUUAAUUACAUCAUCAUGGAAUGUAGAAAUAUCUUCUCUUGCAAACAAAGAUCUACAAGAGAAACGUUGGAAUAAACCAUUGCUUGUGCCGCUGGUUAGUGACAUCAAAAAAUUCAGAGAUGAAACACUAAUACUUGCCAAUGAAUGUGUAGAGAAGUUUAAAAAUUGUAUAGACGACGCUAUAAUUUAUAAAACUUUUGUGCACUGCGUUUUGGCUCUGAUCAUUCUUUUCAAUCGAAGGCGAAUAGGUGAUGUUCAGUAUUUAAAAAUCCAGGAUUACGAGAAGGAGACAAUAUCAAAUUUUUCAGAUUUUAAAAGUGCAUUGUCAGAAUCUGAAAAUAUAUUAACAACAAAGUAUAAACGUGUUGUCAAUAGCGGUAAGGGAUCCAGAGCUGUGGUAAUUUUAGUGCCUGAAUUGUUACAAAAAUUUAUGAAAAUAUUGUUGGAAGAGAGAAAGAAAUACAUUUCAAUUGAAAACGAAUAUGUAUUUGCAUUACCUAGCAGUAAAAUUAAAUGGGGGCAAGGUGAUGUGGCAAUUCGAUAUUUGACACAAAAAAUUGAAUUGCAAUAUCCUGAAGCAAUGACAAGCAAUAAGCUUAGAAAACAAAUUGCAACCGUGGCACAGAUACUAAACAUGUCGAAGGAAGAUACAAGACAAUUCUCUAAGUUUAUGGGCCACACUGAAAAAACGCAUGCAGAAUUUUAUGAGUUGCCAGUUGACAUCUAUCAAACAGCUAAAGUUUCCAAGCUGCUAAUGAUGAUGGAAAAAGGAUCACUUCCAUUAGAGUUUAGAGGAAAAUCUUUGACAGAAAUUAAUUUUGACGAAAAUUCGGAAUAUGCUGAAGAAUUUGCUGAAGAAAGGGAAACUUCCGCAUUAACUUCUGAUGGAACCAGGAUUGACAAGCAGGACAGUGAAGAUUUCCAGUUAGAUGAGAAUAUGAAUCUCGACUCAUCUGACUUGACACAAUCAAAGAAACAAAAAAUUAAAAAAUCUGGUUGGUCAAAACAUGAAAUAGAGGAAAUAAAUUGUCAUUUUACGGCAUCAAUGCAGAAAGGAAAUUAUCCAUCAUCACAAGAAAUUAAAAUCUUUGUUAAAGAAACGGGAAGCAAGAGAAGUGUGGCUCAAAUAAAAGCAAAAAUCCAACAUUUAUUUAAAAAAAAAAAAUAGUUUUUAUGUAAAUAAUUCUGCAUUUCACCCGGCGAGCGUAAGGUUAAAAUUUGUAACACCGAGUGUAAGGCUGGGUAUUAUUCACCCUGUAAUGACUUUCUAUUUAGAUAUUAAAAAUGGCUCUAAAUCCAUUAAAGUUUUUUAUUAGAAUUGUUUAAUAUUAAGUUUACAACUUAUAGAGCUCACCAUAAUAGCAGAUGAGUAAUAUACCUAGGAUUAUUUGUUUCAGCUGGGCUGCGUGAAAAGUUAGUAAAUAACAAUAAUAAUUUGUUUAAACAAUGUUGAUCGAAUAAAUCCAGGCAUAUUUUUUAUCUGUUAUUAUAGUUAACUCGAUAAAUUGCAAAGUUGGGAAAAAACUGCAUCCUUCUAGGUGCAAUGCGGUAAAAGUUAGUAAGUAACAAUAAUAAUUUAUUUAAACAAUGUUGAACUAAUAAUUCCAGGUACAAUCUUUAUCUGCUAUUAUAGUUAAUUCGAUAAAUUGCAAAAUUUCGAAAAAACCGCAUCUUUCUAGAUGCGAUGCAACAAAUGUUAGUGAAUAACAACGAUAAUUUGCUUAAACAAUUGUUGAACUAAUAAUUACGGGUCCAUUAUUUAUCUACUAUUAUGGUUAGCUUCUUAAAUUGCAAAAUUGGGAAAACACUGCAUCUUUUUAGGUGCACUGGGAUAAUAGUUAAUAAUAAUAAUAAUUUGUUUAAAAAAUUGUUGAACUGAUGAUUCUGGGAACGCUAUUUGUUCACUAUAAUAGUUAACUCUAUAAAUUGCAAAAUUGGAAUAAAACUGCAACUUUCUCGGCACACUGUUAAAAAAGUUAGUGAAUAAUAAAUUGUUUAAACAAAUGUAGAGUGAGUAGUAACAUUAGUCAAAUAUAGUAUUUGUCUGUUAUAAACAAUUAUAAAAAAUUACCUUAAUGAUUUUAUGGCUUUUUUACAACAUACAAAUAAAAAACAUUUAGUUUACUCCUGGUUGGUUUUAGAAUUUGUGCACAUGCAUUAACAAUAGUUAUAAAUAAACAAUAAGAGAUGUAAAAAAACCAAUUGUUUAAUUUAAGCCUUACUCUCGGUGGGUUAAUAUUCAUUACGGAUGUAUUUUGUAGCAUUUGUACAUUAUUUUAUAUGCAUUACUUUAAUUAUCAUAUUAUGCUAAGCUAAAAUAAAAUAUUUGUAGCGGUUUCCUCAAAAAUCAUUUCUCUUUUAAAUAUGGAGGAUUUUAUGAUAAAUGUAGCACUCGA